AAAUUGGUCUCCACCACCACCAUAUUCCUUUAAUUCUCUUACUGUGGUUGUUACGAAACGAACCAAAACAACGAUAGCGCUGUGAAUCGCUUCCUUCCUUCCUUCAUUCACCUUCAAUUCAAAUCUCUUUCCUUAAAGUCUCGUUUGCAUCACAAUUCCCAAGAAACUUGUUUCGAUGGUGCGAGCUCCGAAUCCGCAGCAUCUGGAAGCGAACACGCCUUUAAUCGUACAGGGAGAGGGUUUGACAAAUGAUGGGCUUAUUCCUCAGAUAUUUUCAUCUAUGCCAGCUCUUAAUGAUGCUGCUUCUUAUCUUGCACAGACAACAUCAUACUUAACUGGUUGUUUCUCCGAUUUUUCAGUAGAACAUUCCCCCAGCGGUCCUGGUGCUCCUGUCCCUCAUGCACAAGAGCUUGUGGAUUUUCCUUAUGCAGAAAUUGAUGCAUCUUCAUCUACUGAAAUUGAUAAUAUUCCUUCAAACAGAAUGCAUUUAACCAGUGUUGAAUCAUCUAAGGCUUCAACUUCAACAUGUCCACAAACGCAAGAUGAAAUCACCAGUACCUCUGGUGGAGUUCCGUUACAAAAUUCCAGUGCACUUGUUGAAUCGAAUCGAACUGGACAAAGUGGCAUUUCCAUGUUCCAAAGCCUGAUUGAUCGUGCUCGAAGGACUGUGCGUGGAUCUGCAGAUGAUAUAGGAUGGCUUCAACGUGAUCCAGCAAUGCCUCCAGUUGAAGAUGGAACUGAAAGGUUCCUUGAAAUUCUGGAUAACAUCAAGCAUGGUGUUCACAGGUUACCAAAUUCAGUGGUUUAUUUGUUAGUUCCAGGUCUCUUCAGUAAUCAUGGCCCACUUUACUUUGUCAAUACAAAAGUCAGUUUUUCAAAAUUGGGUUUGGCCUGUCAUAUUGCAAAGAUUCAUAGUGAGGCCUCAGUGGAGAAAAAUGCUAGAGAGCUGAAAGAGUACAUUGAGGAAAUUUAUUGGGGUUCACAGAAACGUGUUAUGCUUCUUGGACAUAGCAAAGGAGGAGUAGAUGCAGCAGCUGCUUUAUCGUUGUAUUGGUCUGAUUUGAAAGAUAAAGUUGCUGGGUUGGCAUUAGCCCAAAGUCCCUACGGUGGAACUCCUAUAGCUUCAGAUCUUCUGCGUGAAGGACAGCUUGGCGAUUAUGUGAAUUUACGAAAACUUACUGAGAUUCUUAUCUGUAAAGUAAUUAAGGGUGACAUGCGAGCUUUAGAAGACUUGACAUAUGAAAGGCGGCGAGAGUUUUUGAAAGAGCAUCAUCUGCCAAAUGAAGUCCCAGUUGUUUCCUUUCGGACUGAAGCUGGCAUUUCCCCUGCUGUUUUAGCCACAUUAUCUCAUGUUGCACAUGCUGAAUUUCCACCCCUAGUUGCUCCGACCGGUGAGUCUACAAAACUUCCUGUGGUGAUGCCCCUUGGUGCGGCAAUGGCUGCUUGUGCACAAUUGACUCAGGUUAGGUAUGGUGAGAAAAGUGACGGCCUUGUGACAUGCCGAGAUGCAGAAGUUCCUGGAUCCGUUGUGGUGCGACCUAAGCGAAAAUUGGACCAUGCUUGGAUGGUUUAUUCAUCGCUAAAUGAUGACCCUUCUGAAGGAGAUGCAUCUCAGGUGUGCGAGGCUCUCUUGACUCUACUUGUGGAAAUCGGACAGAAGAAGAUGCACGAGUUUGCAAUGAAAGAUGAAUGAAGCAUUCCAGUGAAGUUUUGGACCUGUACAUGUUUCUCUCUCCAAAACUCUAUAUUCAAUUUAUUUUUUAUAGUCUAACCGAUAAAAAUAUUGAAGUAGGUCAUAUAUGUAACGAAUGCAUUAAUAUAUGUAGCUGUAGAGUGAACGUACAUAGAUGCCACAGGGCAUGGUGAAGUAAAGCUUUCAUGUGAUUUUUGUAAGAAACUGGUAAUGCAAUGCAGUGGGAUGACUGCUUUGGUCU